GACAGUUCAACACAGUUGGGAAGAAGAAAAUAUUAGGAAGAAAAUAACGCAGCAGUCGCAUGGUUUUGCAGAUUUUCUCCCUCUCUUCUUUUUGGUAGCUAUACUCACUCACUUCAAUUCUUCAUCACCCUGCAUGGUCAAUCUGAAUGCGAGGACUGUAAUCAAUUAAUCAAUGUAGCCUGUUUGUCAGAUCGCCUAUCCAUACCACUAACGUCGGGUUUUAAAUCUGAACUUUUGAUGGAUUGCAAUAAAGAAGAGGCCUUAAGGGCCAAGGUUCUUGCAGAACAGAAGAUGCAAAGCAGGGAUUUCCCAGGUGCUCGUAAAUUUGCUCUCAGGGCUCAGCAGUUAUUUCCUGAUGUGGAGAACAUUGCUCAGAUGCUUGUUGUUUGUGAUGUGCAUUGCUCUGCAGAGCAAAAAUUGUACGGUAAUGAGAUGAACUGGUAUAAAAUUCUUCAGAUUGAGGUGACAGCUGAUGAGGCCACAAUUAAGAAGCAGUACAGGAAGUUUGCUCUCCAACUUCAUCCUGACAAAAACAAGUAUGCCGGUGCAGAAGCAGCAUUCAAGCUGAUUGGGGAAGCACAACGAAUUCUUUUGGAUAGAGAAAAACGCUCUGAGCUUGACAGGAAGUGCAGGGUUGUAAUGCACGGGCCUUCUAUGGCACCUCAUCAUCAACAGAAGUUUCAGAUGAAUUAUAAUUCUGUAACACAAAACACUGUGAGGCCUAAUUUUACGACCUUUAAUCCUUGGCAGCAGCAACAACAGCCUUCUCAAACAUCUCAACAGGGGAUCAAUGGUGACCGCGCUACCUUUUGGACUGCAUGCUCAUUUUGUUCGGUUAGAUAUGAGUAUUAUAGGGAAGUUUUGAAUAGAUCUCUUCGCUGUCAACAUUGCAAUAAGCCCUUUAUUGCAUAUGAUGUCGAUGUUCAAGGUACAACCCCAGCAACUAAUCUAAGUCAGCAAACUUUCACCCAGCGGACAUAUGGCCUCAAUCAUGGUGCCGUGAAGGUGGAUUUUGGAGCUCAAGCUAAUCUGCAUACAAAGAAGUCCGAUCCAGAGUCUAGGGCAAACAAAGGCUCUACUUCUGAUGUCUCCAAAAAGCCAAAUGGAAAGAGGAGCAGGAAGCAGAUGGUUGAAUCCAGUGAAAGUUCUGAUUCGUUUAGCAGUGAUUCUGACGACAUGUUUGCUAACGAUAAUGGUUUUACUGAUUUGGAAAAGAAUUCGGCUUCUAGAGAAGAGCAUCCGCGGAGGUCUACACGGCAAAAGCAUCAGGUUUCCUACAAUGAGAAUGCAAGUGAUGACGACGAUGAUGAAUCAUUUGAGCCUUCAAGAAUCAAUACGGGGAAUGGAUCAUCAAACCCUGCUAAUGAAAUGAAUAAUCAAAAUGGUUUAGCCUCUGGUCUGAAAGAUAAUAAAAAAGCUGUAAAGCGAGACUCUGAAGAGGACUUGGUAAAUAGAAAUGCGAAAAUUAAAGAAGUGAGGGGUGAAGAAGUAGUGGGAGAUUCAAAAGUAGAUGAAGCUUCAGAGAAUGAUGUCUAUCCUGAUCCAGAGUUUAGUGACUUUGACAAGGACAAGAAAGAGGAUUCUUUUGCUGCUGGGCAGAUUUGGGCUAUUUAUGAUAUGGCAGAUGGCAUGCCAAGAUUUUAUGCUUUGAUAAAAAAAGUUAUGUCUCCUGGGUUCAAGUUGCGGAUAACAUGGCUCGAACCAGAUCCAGAUGACGAUGAUGAAAUCAGCUGGUCGAAUCAGGAAUUGCCAAUUGCAUGUGGGAAGUAUAAACUUGGUAGCAGUGACAUCAUUGAAGGCCAUGAGACGUUCUCGCAUGAGAUUACUUGUGAAAAGGUUGGCCGGAGCUCUUUCAACGUGUACCCUAGAAAGGGAGAAACUUGGGCUCUUUUUAAAAACUGGGAUAUUAAAUGGCAUAAGGAUGCAGAAUCCCAUCGGAAGUUUGAUUUUGAGUUUGUGGAAAUCUUGUCAAAUUAUGUUGAAGGUGACGGAGUAUUUGUUGCAUUAUUGGGGAAGUUGAAAGGCUUUGUGAGUCUCUUCUUUCCUAUUUUGAAGGACGGUAAGCCAUUAUUUCAAAUACCAUCAACACAGUUGUUCAGAUUCUCUCACAGGGUUCCGUCUUUUCGGAUGACUGGUCAGGAAGGAGUAGGUGUUCCUAUGGGAUCUUUAGAACUUGAUCCUGUAUCCUUGCCUAUGAAUCUGGAUGAGAUUGAACUUCCUGGAGAAUUAAUAGGGAAAACUAGUCAAAGUCCAUCUGUUGGGAUGAGUUCAAGGUCUUCAGAUGCCUUAAAAUUCUCCAUGAAAUCUGACACACAUGCAUCUACUUCUAAGAUUAACUUGGAAGGUCAAAAUUCAACACUAAGGACCAAGGCUCCUGUUGAUCAUAUUGCUAAUGGUAGUGCUCCUUCAGCUUCAGUGGCAGCAGCUAUUCAAGUACCCAAACAGCAGUUCUUCAAUUUUGAUGAGGAGAGAUCAAAGGUUGGCGUUGGUCAGGUUUGGGCAAGUUAUGGUGGACAGGAUGGAGCACCAAGGUAUUAUGGUUUGAUUAUAUUGAUUAAGCCUAGCCCAGAUUUUGAGGUGCAUGUUUUGAAUCUUACUAAUUGCUGGAUACCAGAUACCGCUGUUAAAUGGGAUGACAAGAAAAUGAUCGUUCCUUGCGGACGAUUUCGGGUUAUACAAAGUCCUGUUGUCUCUAUUCUUAAGGACACAAAUUCUUUUUCACAUCAGCUGCAUCCUGUUACUGAUGGUAAUGGCAGGGAUAAGGAGUUCAUAAUAUUCCCAAGGAAAGGUCAAGUUUGGGCAUUGUAUAGGAAAUGGACAACUAAAAUCAGGCGAGCCGAUUUGUUAAAGAUGGAGUAUGACAUAGUGGAAGUUGUUGAAGAAGAUAAUAAUAGUUUGGGGAUAGAGGUGUUGCCUUUGGAGAAGGUGAGUGGUUAUCAUUCAGUCUUUAAGGGCAAAUCAAAUGGGAGAUCACCUGCAACCCAGAGAAUACCUAGCAGAAAAUUGCUCAUGUUCUCCCACCAAAUCCCAGCAUUCAGACUCACAGAAAGACAUGGCAAUCUGAAAGGUUUCCUCGAAAUUAGUCCGCGAGCUCUGCCGGCUAAUUAUUUAACCGAUAGAUGAGGGGUAAGCUAAGAAUCUUUAGGCUAAUGGGAAUAAUACUGCUUUUAUUUAUGUUACUACUUUAACCAUGGUGUAAAAUUUGUUCAGAUGUCAUUUUUAGACUCUUUUCCCCCACCUUUUCCCGCUUUGUAAUUAGGUGAAGAUUUUAGAUAUUUAUUUAUAUGUGCAUGACAGCACCUGAACCUGCAGUAUAAGGGCAUUUGAGGUGCAUUGUCAAUUUGAUUUGGGUUGCGCUACAA